AAACUCACAUGCAAUACGAAGAGAGAAGAGAGAGUUAUGAAAUAAAGAGGAAGUAGGCAACGAAAGCAACAGCACGUCUCCGCUUUAAAGAGGGAGAGGGAGAAGAGAGGGAGACGGAGAGGGAGCAGAGCAAGAGGCUGUGGUGGUGGCGGAGAUGGGCGAAGGCCGUGCAGGAACUGUUCUCCCCUUUUAAUGCGCCCCCAGUUCCGAUCCUAUUGAUUAUUCUCUUCGAUCUUCAUCGCCGCCCGCACUCUCCUUUCAUGGCGCCAGAGAGGGAGAUGCCGGCGGCGGCUUGUUACUCCGCCAACUUUGUCUCUGCCAACCUUCUUCAACCUCCGAAUCAAAAUGAUUCUUUUCUGGCUGCCGCCGACGCCGACGCCCACCGAUUUUCUUCCUUUUCCGGCCAGAGUUUCUUCUCCGCGGCUGUUGAUUGUAACACCGAAUUUUACUCGACGGCGGAGAAGUCUGGAACCGCAGAGGGUAGCUCCUUGUCCACUGCUUUCCAGGCGGAGCAGAGUCCGCUCGAUCUUUAUGUUCCGCAAUGCGAGGACGAAGCGGAGCUCGAGUGGUUGUCUCGGUUCAUGGAGGAGUCUUCUUUCUGCGAUGUCCCCGACAUCGCGCCGCCGCGGUCAUGCGCAGCGGCACGGAGCAAGCGCCCUCGGUCCGCCGCCUGGGCCUCCUUGGCGCUGAGCUCGCCGUCUUCGUCGUCCUCUUCCUCCAACGAGUUUUCCUCGGACGGAUCUGGGCGGAGGAAGAAUGGGAGCGGCAGGGCGGCGCCGAGGCGGUGCACUCACUGCGAAUCGGAGAAGACGCCACAGUGGAGGACGGGCCCGCUGGGGCCCAAGACGCUGUGCAACGCGUGCGGAGUGAGGUACAAAUCCGGGCGGCUCGUGCCGGAGUACCGGCCUGCAGCGAGUCCCACCUUCGUCCUCGCGCAGCACUCCAACUCCCACCGCAAGGUCAUGGAGCUGCGGCGCCAGAAGGAGCUCUUCCUCCUCCCACGCCCCCAGCACAGCCACCCAGACGCUUCCUCCGCCGCACAGCCGGAGAUUCUACUCGACGGCGGCGGCGUGUGCUGAGUCUCUGCUCACCUUGGUAGUGUUUAAUAAGUUUUCACUAAUUAAUCGACCUUACUUUUCUCAAUUAAUUUGCCAUUAAUAACUAAAAGAAAUCAAAAUAUUUAAAAUUUUCCACUGA